AUGAAUUUGGAUAACAGGAAACCUGAUAUUCUUUUAUGGAAGGAUAGAAAUGGAAUUAAUCAUGACUUCUCGGUAGCCUUAGUUUGGGAAGAUAUUCGUCCUAGGAGUGAUCGAGUUCAUUGGUUUGAUAUGGUUUGGUUUACGCAUUGUAUUCCUAAACACGCGUUCUUCCUUUGGCUUGUGUGUAAUAAGAAAUUAAAAACACAAGAUCAGCUUCGGCAAUGGGAUGUUAUUGGUGCUGUGGAUGAUCAGUUUGUUUGCCCGUUUUGUGAGCUGUGCCCAGAUUCGCAUUCCCAUCUGUUUUUUGAAUGCACGUAUGCUAAACAGGUUUGGAUUGGUGCGUGUAAUGAAGCAGGAAUUCAACAUGUUGCAGUAAAUUGGGAUGUCAUUCAGCAUGUCUUUACUGCAUUUGGACGUCGGAAAUCUGUUUCUAUUAUUGUUUCUAAAUUGAUGCUUGCAGCGACGACUUAUUUUAUUUGGCAAGAAAGGAACUCGAGGCUGUUUGCAAGGAAGAAAAGAUCAGCCGAUCAAUUGAUUGACAUGAUUGUGCACACGGUUUGA